AAACUGAAGAAGUUUUUAAAGUGAAGAAGUCAAGUUACAGCAAAAAGAUUGUAAAACAAUUGAAGAAAGAAUACAAAGAAGAUCUUGAAAAAUCAAAAGUUAGAACAGAGGUCAAUUCUCCGACAGAUGUAGAACCACCACUAGAAAAGACAGGACAGAUUAAGGAUAUAGGUCAAGAAGAUGGGACUGCAAACAGUGAGCAUGGUGAAGAAGAAAUGGAAGUUGAAAGUGAGAAGGAAGAAGAAAAACCCAAAGCUGGUGGGGCUUUUUCCAGUGCUCUGUCAUCGCUGAACGUUCUCCGCCCAGGAGAAAUUCCAGAUGCUGCUUUUAUUCAUGCCGCUAGGAAAAAGCGUCAAAUGGCUCGUGAACUGGGAGACUUUACCCCCGUUGACAGUGAACCAGGUAAAGGCCGCCUUGUUCGAGAAGAUGAAAAUGAUGCCAGUGAUGAUGAAGAUGAUGACGAGAAGAGGAGGAUAGUUUUUACAGUGAAAGAAAAAUCCCAAAGGCAAAAGAUUGCUGAGGAAAUAGGUAUUGAGGGAAGUGAUGACGAAGCGCUGGUGGCAGGGGAGCAAGAUGAAGAACUCAGUAGAUGGGAGCAAGAACAGAUACGGAAAGGCAUCAAUAUACCUCAGGUUCAGCCAAGUCAGCCUGCUGAAGUGAAUAAUCUAUACUACCAGAACACUUACCAGACGCUGUCUUAUGGUUCAUCCUAUGGCAUUCCAUACACUUACACUGCGUAUGGAUCAUCGGAAACCAAGUCUCAAAAAACAGAUAAUACAGUUCCUUUCAAAACUCCCAGUAAUGAGAUGACUCCUGUUACUAUUGAUUUGGUAAAGAAACAGCUUAAAGACAGGUUGGACUCUAUGAAAGAAUUGCACAAAGCUAAUCGGCAGCAAUAUGAGAAACACCAGCAAAGCCGAGAGGACUCUACCAAGGCAAUUGAAAGAUUAGAAGGGUCUUCUGGGGGUAUUGGUGAACAGUAUAAGUUUUUGCAAGAAAUGCGAGGGUAUGUCCAAGACUUGCUUGAGUGUUUCAGUGAAAAGGUGCCUCUGAUUAACGAACUUGAGUCCGCAAUGCACCAGCUGUACAAACAGCGAGCUUCCCGCCUUGUCCAAAGACGACAAGAUGAUAUUAAAGAUGAAUCUUCGGAGUUUUCAAGCCAUUCAAAUAAGGCACUGAUGGCACCAAAUCUUGAAUCUUUUGGACGAGACAGAGUGAUCUAUCAAGAACAAGUAAAGCGUCGGACUGCAGAAAGAGAGGCUAGAAGAGCUCGUCGUAGACAAGCAAGAGAGCAAACUGGGAAGAUGGCAGAUCAUCUUGAAGGCCUUUCCAGCGAUGAUGAGGAAACUUCGACAGAUAUUACAAACUUCAACAUGGAGCGAGAUCGUAUAUUGAAAGAAUCCAGCAAAGUUUUUGAAGAUGUUUUGGAAAGCUUUUACUCAAUUGAUUGUAUUAAGUCACAGUUUGAAGCUUGGCGCGCAAAGUACUUUGCUUCUUACAAGGAUGCCUACAUUGGCCUCUGUUUACCAAAGCUGUUUAACCCUUUAAUCAGACUUCAGCUGCUUAUCUGGACUCCUUUGGAGGGCAAGUGUCGAGAUUUUGAGACUAUGUUGUGGUUUGAAUCAUUGCUGUUUUAUGGCUGUGAAGAACAGGAACAAGUGAAAGAUGAUGCUGAUAUUUCACUGUUGCCUACCAUUGUAGAGAGAGUUGUUCUUCCUAAACUAACAGUGAUUUCUGAAAACAUAUGGGAUCCUUUUUCCACUACACAAACAUCCAGAAUGGUCGCAAUUGUACAGAAACUAGUAGAUGGAUAUCCUUCAGUGGUGAACGCAGAAAACAAAAAUACACAA